CAUGCUCACGGUUUCAAUGGCCGCUGUGCGGUGAAGGCGACGUUCGUUUAUGGUGCUUAAUGUAACGAUAGUAAUGUAUCAUUCACAAUUACUCGUGUCGCUAAUAAUUGGUGUGCUGCUAUGUGUGCGGGUUGCCUAUGCGAGCAAAGUUUUGGAAUUGAGUGACAGGUUUCUCGACGUGCGGCACGAAGGGUCGUGGCUUGUCAAGUUUUAUGCACCAUGGUGUGGCCACUGCAAAAUGCUGGAACCGAUAUGGAGCCAGGUGGCUCAAAGCCUUGCAGAUACGGACAUUCGUGUCAGCCGCGUAGACUGUACGCGGUUUACCUCUGUGGCAAUGGAGUACAGCGUCAAAGGUUUUCCCACAGUACUAUUUAUCAAAGGGGACAAGACCGUUGAAUACAAGGGAGAUCGAAACAGGGAGGAACUUGCAGAGUUUGGACGUAGAAUGGAUGGACCACCAAUUCAUGACUUGACGGCAUGUGAUGACUUCAAGGCAAUGCGGGACCGGCACAAAGUCUUCUUUAUCUACACUGAUGGAGAAAAAGGAAAAGGUGACUCCAACACGCUAAAGGAAAAUUUUACAAAAAUGGCAGAAGAGUUCCAGCCAGUCAACUACUUUUUCACAGUACCGUCUUCGUGUAUUAGUCAGCUGGGGGAAAAUAUGACUCCACCAGCAACACCUGCUGUUUAUGUGGUCAAGGACAACACUGGCUUUCUAUAUGAUGAAAACAGUGCUUUAGAACAAAACAUGACAUUUCUUGACUGGAUGAAUAGAGAAAGGUUUCCAACAUUCCAAAAAAUAACUUAUGGCAAUUUUCACCAAAUACUGAAGACAGGAAAAAAGAUAGUGACUGCAGUUCUGGAGGAGAACCAGAUUGGGAAAGUUACCAUGCGUAUGCAAGAAUUCAAAGACAUGCUCGAAGCAAUUGCUUUGAAUACACGGGAGUUAUUCCAUGAGCACUUUGUAUUUGGCUGGGUUGGGACGCCUGAGAUUGCCAAUUCUGUGGCCAUGAUGCACCUGCCAGUCCCUAGUCUCUUGGUGAUUCAGCCUGAGACAUACCAGUACUACUUGCCCGAGGGCCACUCACGCGAGCAGCCCCCGUCACCACAGGCAGUGCUGGAGCUGCUGAAUACCAUUAUGGAUGGCUCUGCUGUGCCAUAUGGUGGAGACAGCUUUCCUUAUAGGCUGUACCGUGCAUACUUUGAAGCCAAGACUGCAUUAGCGGGAAUGUGGCGAGGAAACCCUGUCUUAACCGCCGUCCUGUUUGGACUCCCAUUGGGUUUCCUGAGCAUUAUCUGUUAUACCACAUGUUGCUGUGAUGUCCUUGAAGCAUCUGAUGAUGAUGAUGAAGCAGAUGAGGCAAGUCAUGAGAAGAAGGAGUGAGAAACACAACUCAGCCGCCAUUAUGUUGGGAAGAAAGAAAGCAAAAGGCAUACCUGUUAUGCCAAUCCUAAUAACCAACAAGCAGUGGACACCGCCAGAUCACUGCCUGCAGUCAACCUCUCACAUUUUAGUUCUCAUUGUCAGCCAUCUAAAUGGAGGCAGGUCAACUUCAUAUGUAAAUGGAGCAUGCAGUCAAGCUGCAGCAUGGAUGCUGUUCCGACGUUGCUUAGGAUGGAAAAAAUUGUGGAGGGCUUCGAGCUUGCAUUGUUUAAUGAAGGAAGGAUUAAUGUGACAGAGGUAUUUUGCUAAGCUGUACCUGUUUAGGGACCCAAGUAUAUAUGAUUGGUACCUUUGCUAUGCUCAGGCAGCUGUGUUUCAGCGUGCUUGAGUGGACUAAUGACGAUUUUACAAGUAGCCAUGAACUGGCUGGAACUUGUACAUAGUGCAUUGUUUAUAUUGUUUUGAAGAAUGCCUCAAUGUCUGGGUUAUUUCAUGCCAAGCCUUCUUGUUUUGAGGGGUGUGUGGUUUGUCUAUUGUAUUAUACAACUUCUAGGAGCAUGACAUAAUUUAAAGCAAUUCACAUCUCUUUUUGUAAAAUUUUACUUGUAUUAUCUGCCGUUUCCUUGUUUUGUUAGCAUAUCAAAUGCAUCCAUCCAGCAGAGAAGCUAAAUGUUUUAAAAUCCUUGAAGACCUACUUAUUGUGCACAUUUGUUUUACAUAGUAUUGUGAACAUGUAAGAGUGCCAGCAUAUUGUUUAGCACAUUAAACAGGAUACUAGAGCUGGUUGUAGGCAUUGAUAAAAGACAGUUCGACUCUACUGCCUGAAUAGCUCUGUGCCAUCAUCAAUGUACACAAUCCCACCAUUUUUACAUGUUGAUGCUUGCCUUUGUCUUCUGAAAGAAAUGAAUGCCAGCAAUGUCUCUAUCUGAACUUAAUGUAUUUGUCUCAUAAAACACUUGGUCAAAUUUA